GGCGUAAGUAAGUAAGUAAGUAAUUAUACAGAAUAAAAUAUCACCCAAGAAAACAAAAGAAAUCCUACAUUGAGUAGUUAUAACAUCGAAUCAAAACUGAAGUAAUUUUGAACAAAAACUCAUAAUGAGUAAAUCAAAUCGUAAAUUGACUUUUGAUUCCAUCAUAUCAAUUUGUAACCAAAUCACUUAUUCUGUUGUUUUUUAAAAUGUUCGCUUAACCAAAGUUCAUUGAAGCGAUUGAUGAAUUUCGCCAUAAAUUUGUGUAAUUUUAUUGAACCGUUAUUAAUACUGAACAUUCGAAUAAUUUCAUUUAAAGUUGGAAUUAGUGAUUGUGGAAUGUGAAUUGUUCACAAAUCUCCAUUGCAGUUAGUUAAACGAUGAUGAAAUUGGCAUUUGAUAAUGUGUCAAAUGUAACCUGUCAGAAAAAUUCUACUUGCAUAUUUCUUUGUUAUGCAACACCAGUUGUUCUCAGUGGUAUCAUAUUAACAUUUAUAGGUUUACUUAUUGGAUUAAUAAUCAUAUUGAUUAAAAAACUACAUUCGACAUCCAUAAUGAACAGUAUCUUCAUGGUUAUAACGUUUAUAAUUUUGAUCAUUGGUGUUGGAUUACUAAAUUUACAUACAAAAUGGUAUGAAAUAAUUAUUUCUGUAACUGUGGAUACCACGAUGGCCAGCCUAGCGAUUUUACUGGGUGUAAAGCUACGAGUUCCAGAAAGAAAAUUGGAGAUAAUCUUGUUCUCGAUAUGGUGUGUGUUUGGGGGAAUUGGAAUCAUAUUAUUGAUUAUAGGGGCAACACUUCAUAACCAUUAUGUACUAGAUGCAUCCUGGAUAAGUUGGUGGUGUGCGAUGUUAAUUGUGAUUGUAUGCACAGCAUAUUAUUUGUGUAGAUCCGGUAAAGAAGAACAGUCUCAUGUUCUGUACAUUAUUUUCUUAUGGUUUUAUGAAUACAUAGCCCUAAUUGUCCUUUCACAAUUUAGUUUGAAUUCAUUCAUCGAUUGUCAUUGGAACAGUGGGAAGACUGAAUGAGACAAUGAUUGAUUAUGAUGAAUAGAUGGUAUUUCAUUGAAUGUUUUUAUAUGUUUGAAGAUUAUUGUAAAUGGCUUUGUUAUUUGUAAUAGAUGUUUUGUUAAAUAGA